GCUCUGCCAGCGCCUCGGGUUACCGCUGGGAAGCGAGAGGCUCUGGUUCCCUGCAGUGGGGCCGGGGGGGGCGCGCUGCAGGGGGCGGGCCAGCGCGAGUGAGUUUUCUGGUGUGCGCUCUCGAGCCUCCCGCUGCAGGCCAGGGGGGAGAAUCCCCCCUUUUCUCCGCAGCCGAGCGCGGGUCGGGGCAGCCGGGCCAGCAUGGGGACCUGCGGCCGUGGCAGCCGGCUCUGAAGAUGUGCCCUCCCACCCCAGGCCUCAGAAGGGUGAUGGUGCUUCUGGCUGCAGCCCUGGUGUCCGCCUCUGUCGCUGCGGGGGAAGGCUGGCGCGAGGAAGGGGUGCAGUACGGCCAGGUGGGAGCGGACCUCGUCCUGUCGUGCACCGGCGCCCCCGGACGCUCGGGGGUGGAGUGGCGGCGGGACGGGGCGGCCGCGCUCCCGGAGGGCUGCAUCCUGCGGGACAGCGACCUGCUGCUGCCAGAGGCCGAACUUGCUGCGGGAGGAGACUACAGCUGCCAUGACGGGACCGGGCAGCUCCUCCGCUCCGUCUCCCUCCGGCUGGGCUACCUGCCCGGGAUCCCGUCCGUCACCUGCCGAGCUUCUGACUACGAGAAUUUCUCCUGUUCCUGGACACCCAGCGUGGAGACGUUCCUCCCCACCAGAUACAUCACCACCUACCGGAAGAAAUUGCUGAUGGACAGUGAGAAAUGGAGCAGGACCCAGCCCAGCCAGGUGGGGCCGUGCGUGCAGGACCCCGGGCACCCGCGCACCUGCAGCGUGCACAAGUGUGAGUUCUGGAGCUCCUACCGGCUGAACGUCACCGAGGUGAACCCGCUGGGCUCCAGCUUCCGGCUGCUCGACGUCACCAUGCAGGCCAUCAUUAAGCCGGAUCCUCCGGAAGGCCUGGUGGUGGAGCCGGUCCCGUCGGCCCCGCGGCGGCUGCGGGUUCGCUGGCAGUAUCCGGCCUCCUGGCCCAAGCAGCCGCACUUCCAGCUGAAGUUCCGGCUCCAGUACCGGCCCGUCGCGCACGGCUCCUGGUCCAUGGUGGAGACCGUGAACCUCUCUGAAGUCAUCACCGACGCCUUCUCCGGCCUGGAGCACGUGGUGCAGGUGGGCGCCAAGGACUUCCUGGACGCCGGCAACUGGAGCGAGUGGAGUGCCGAGGCGCGGGCCACGCCCGGGCCAGGCCUGACCGUGACGCCAGGCGACGAAGCCACCACCGACGCCGGCCUGGAGAGCCCGGCCGAGAUGCCCUCGCUGGCCCCCAACCCGGAGCCCAUCGAUCGCAGCGACCCCAUGGAGAAGGUCGCCAUCCUGAUCUCACUUGGGAUCUUCUCUUUCUUCAUCCUGGCUGUGGUUCUGGGCAUCACCAUCGCAGUCUGGCUCCGUCUGAGAAAACCCAGCAAAGAUGAGACCAAGAAGCACGACUUCCUGGCAGCUGCCGUGCACAUGAGGGCCCUGCCCAAGGCCCAGAUCUUGUAGCAGGACCUGCAGACACCGCCCGCCUGCUCGCCCACCCGCCCAGGACUAUGCAGUCUGCCCUUGCCAGCGCCUCGCCCGGACCCCAGGACAGACUCUCGCGGGCACCUGAGGGAGACGGGCCCGGCUCUCGGAGGGCACUGCCUGCUCCCCGGCAGCAGCAGGGGCAGGCGAUGGGGUCGGUGCCAUGGUCCGGCCCUGCGCCCGGGUCCUGCCGUUGGCGCCAGCGUGUGGACCUGAACCGGAUCCGCGCCCAAUGGGGGGCGAGGCGGGGGCAUCCCUGCGGCGUCCGCAGAGCUGAGGAGCCCGGGCUCAUGGACAGGGGACCCGGGGACCCCAACCCAGGCCAGGCACGUGGCUGGGGUCCUGGCGGAUCCGUGGACAUUGGGAGGCCGGGCUGGGGGUGCUGGCGGGCGUGUGAGGGUGACACUGACCCCUCCCCACCCUGAACCCCCCCUCCAGUGGCUGGGAGGACUCCCCCUCCCCCCACCCCCCGGGGCUUGUCCAGCCCCUCCGGGCAGCGCCCUGGGAUCCCAAUAAAGGGGGUUGUGACAGCAGGGUCCAGGCCGGCUCUCUCUGCACAGCGCCAGGGGGCAGCUCCGCUGGGGGUCAGAGCCAGUGGGAGAUGGGCUGGUUAUUGCUCAACCCCCCGGAAGAGAGGCCUGAGGGGGGGCCGCCAGCCUUCAGGCCCCCCCGCCAGCCCUGCCUCUGCUUGUUCCAGGUGCCAUGGGGCUGAGGGGGGCUCUGAGUCCCUGGUGCCAUGGGGGGUUGCUUUGCCUGACAGCUGGACCCCGGCACAGUGGGAGCAGCCCAGGGGCUCCCCCAGGGGAGGUUUGAU